GCGAUACCCCAGGAAUUCCACCUCCUUGGUAUGAAACUGACACUUCUCCAGUUUCACCCACAGCUGGUUGGCUUGCAGCCUGCUCAACACUUCUCUGACGUCUCUCACAUGCUGCUCCUCAUUCUCAGAAUACACCAACACGUCGUCUAAGAAGGCCACACAAUUCUUGUAAAGCAAAGGCCCCAGGACGUGGUUCAUAAACGAUUGAAAGCAUGCGGAGCCUGCUUGUAGGCCGAAGGGCAUAACCAAAUAUUCAAAUGCCCCUAAAGGGGUGAACAUGAGUGGUUUUCCAUUCAUCCCCCUUCCUUAUUCGUAUCAGGUUGUACGCCCCCCUUAGGUCCAGCUUUGUGAAAAUCUUUCCCUUCCGCACCCUUGUCAAAAUGUCGUCAAUCCUGGGCAUAGGGAAGGCCACUGGUUCUGACACUGCAUUUAAGGCCCUGAAGUCACACACCAGCCUCGGCUUGUUCGUGUUUUUAUCCACAAAAAACACUGGGUUGCCCUACACCGCCCUGGACUCUCUGAUGAACCCUCUCUUCAGGUUCUUGUCAAUGAACUCUCUUAGCUCCUGCAUCUCUCUGUCUGACAUGGCGUACAGCUUGCCUACAGGGAGCUGUGCCCCAGGGAGUAAAUUGAUUUGACAGUCAAAGGGUCUAUGCGGGGGUAGUUGGUCAGCUUCCCUUUCGCUGAAGACGUCGCGGAGAUCUGCGUAUUGUCGUGGUACCUUCACGUUCUCCGUUACUUCAGUCCCUGCUAGGGUGGCUUGGGCCCCUGCCAAACCCUUUCCCUCUUUGCAGUGUUCUAAGCAAUGUGCUGAACCAAAGAAACCACUCUCUGAUGCCAGCCCACCAGCGGAUCAUGUAACGCUAGCCAGCUCAUCCCCAAUAUAAUGGGAGCUCCUCCCAAGGUGGCCACAUUAAACGCUAUCAGUUCGGUGUGCCUUGCCACCUUCAUUAUCAUUAGGACGGUCUGCAAGCUGACUUCUCCUCCCAACAGCUCCCUGCCAUCGAUCGUGGUCACCUGCAGGGGUUGCUUAAAGGAUCGUCUGUAUCUGGUGUUCAGCUGCAAACUCUUUGCUCAUGAAAUUGCAGGAGCUGCCUGAGUCCAACAGCGCCUUUAUCUUUAGAGGGUGUCCGUUUGGCAGCUCUAGCGCCACUUCUAUCACUAGGGCGGGUUUAGGAGGUUCUGGCGUGGGCACUCUCACUGCUCUUUGGCCUGGCUGCUGUGCCCCGACGGUGGCAGCCAGGCGUUGGCUUUACUUGCUCCGGUAUUUCUUCCUCUCUUCCCUCCACAGCUCCUACCAUCCCUUGCCAUUCCUUCCUCUGGGGGCAGACUCUGGCAAAGUGACCUGGCUGUUGGCAGAGAUAGCAUUUCCGGGCGCGUUUUCCCUCCUUCUUUCCCCCUUCACUGGGCUUUGAAACUGCGCGCGCGCUGCUGUUCCGAUUUCCAUCGGCUCUGCCGGCGGGAAAGUUGGCUCUGGAAUGUCUGGAAUGCGGAACUCCUUCCAACGUUCCCCCUUCCCUUCCCGCCUCUCCAAUGCUCUCGCCUCCUGGCGCGCUCCUAUGGUCAGCGCUGAUUUGGUCAGCUGGUCCAUAGACUCCGCCCUGGGCGCCCGGGAAAGUUCGUCUUUCACAGCCGAAGAAAGCCCUUCUUCAAAGAGCAUUUGAAUGGGUUCCGCCGAUAAGUCCCACCCCAAUCUGUGAACCAGCAUGGUGAACUCAGUCCAAUACUCACGGACAGAUCGGCUCCCCUGUUUGCAAGCCAUUAACUGUCUGCGCACCACUCCCUGUUCAAUAUCGCUGGAAAACAUCAGAUCCAUGGCGCGAAAGAACUUCAUCGUGUCCUUUAGGACGUCACUAUUCGCUGCCAUCAGGGGUCUAACCCAGUCUCUCGCCCCCUUUUCAAGAUGCCCAAUCACGAAAGCCACUCGUGAUUCCUCGUCAGGAAUUCAUCAAACUGCAGAUUGAGGGCAUAUUGCAUCUCUGUCCGAAAGCCAUGAUAGUCUUUGGGCUCCCCCCCAAACUUCUGCACCAAUCCUGGUACCUUUCUGGCGAGCUGGGUGGCUUUCCCCUUUUUGUCUGCAUCCUGAGCCCUCCUCUCCUCAAGCCUCGCCGUCUGCAGCGCUAGCUGGACCUCCAACACCCGGUACCUUUCUUCCAGGCUUGGACCCGCUCCAGCUCCUGCUUCUCCGGUUCCGGCUGGGUUGCUCAUGAUGCCUUCUCCUGCACAAGCUGCUUUCAAAGACUGUCGGAAUGCUGUGAUGGGAUGAUGAGCUGCUUGUGCGUAAAAUAGUAUCCCCUCAGAGUUUGUUCAAGUCCACAAACCUCUGUCUGUGUGAGCCCCUCAGACAUGGCUCCUCUAGUCACUAGCAGAUUCCGACAGUGGUUGCUUUCGGAAUCGCUUCCAACAUAAAAGCUCCUUAACGGAAACACGUCUUCUGGACUCUCUGCGUGACAGUUUCCGGCGAGGGUGGGUGUUCCUACAGGAGGUCCUGAAACCUCCCCACUGUUUUCGCUGGAAGUGUCUCUGAGCCAUCCCUCCAGCUCACUUUCCCUCAACAUAAAAACUCCUUAACGGAAACACGUCUUCUGGACUCUCUGCGUGACAGUUUCCGGCGAGGAGUGGGUGUCCCUCACAGGAGGUCCUGGAAACCUCCCCACUGCUUUCGCUGGAAGUGUCUCUGAGCCAUCCCUCCAGCUCACUUUCCCUCAGCUCAGCUCCUCUCCCCCUACUGGUUCCCUCUUCAGCUGCUGAGUCUCUCCCAACCUGUGUGAGCCCUUUCACCUCCCUUCCUUCCGAUGGCAGUUCCCUGACAGACUCCUAACUCCUCACGUUUCUGAGUUUUAUUGGCGUAAACUCAGGAGAUAAGCUAUUUUCUGGCUUACAACACUUUGAAGGGUGGACAGAAAUGUAUCAUCUUCACCUUCUUCCCACCUACAUUUCCCACCAAAUUUCAGCAUAUGGAGCUGGAUCAUGCAUAACACUAAGUGCAAACGCAGAAGCCUAAGUGUUCCCAGAGAGAUUAUUACAGCUGCUACACUCCUCUCUCAGUCCUCUGGCUGCUGUAAGCUAAGCCAUGGUUUGACUUAAUGUGUUGUCUGAACCUGAUCUUGUGGUUUAUGUCCCCCAGACAAACCACGAGCUGUAAACUAGGAAAGGAACGUGGUUGCAGCUCAUAGUUUGUCUGUAGUGAAACAUUUCACAACCUGUUAUGAAGCUCCCCAAAUCUCCUGGAUAGUUCAGUUGUUCCAAGGCAUGUUAGCCACAUAAUAGGACAGGAAUUGCUUCGCAAUAUUGUUGGACGUUUUACCUUGGUUUUUUGUGUUUUUUUAAAGUGCGAGUUAUAUUAAAAAAAAAAAAAAAAUCAAUUCAGCUCCUAAAUUCAAGGUUUACAGUCCAGGCAUCUGGAUUUGAAAGAAAAUAAAAUAAAUAUAAUGGAGAUUUUACCCUGUGGAGUUACUGGAUUCGGGUGUCUCACAUUAUUGAACAAAGGACAGGUAGAAAUUUGAUUAUCUUGGUUCAUUGCUAUAGAAAUGCAACAUACUACCCGUGAAUCUUAUUGUAGCAGUGAAAUAAGUAUUGAUCGGAGGCUGGAAAUCUGCAUCUCCACUUGUGGUGCUGGAGCCUUUAUUGAAAAUGCCAUGUUGUAUCCAACGUUGCCAUAAUUCUCGCACACCAGAAUGACCGAAGAGGGCUACAUUAUUGCAUCCUUAAUUUGCAUUAACUCUUCUAUCGUUUUAGGUUAUGCUGGCUGCUUCUUACUGGUCUCUCCUUGCACCUGCCAUUGAACUGGCGGAGGACUCUGGAAAGUUUGGGGCCUUUGCCUUCUUCCCCGUAGCUGUUGGUUUCACUCUGGGCGCUGCGUUUGUGUACUUUGCUGACCUCAUUCUCCCUUGGCUGGUGAGUAGCCCUUCCAACAGUCUCUAUAAUUUGGUGGCAGCUAGGAAAGUCAAUCUUAGGUUCAUCUUACAUGUGCUGGAAACUGGUCUUGUUUUAUUAUAUUAUUGGGUUUAUUAAGUAACGAUCCAUAGACCAUUUGCAUCUUUACAAGUGUGGCCGUGCCCCAGUCCUCAUAAAUUUAAGAUAAAUGGGGCACCGUGGCAGGACUUUGCUGCUGCUGCUACUGUUAGUCUAGUUAGUAUAUGUGUUGCUAGUAACAUACUGGUUUAAAACAGAGAUUGGGGGGGAAACGUGGUCUUCCAGAUGUUGUCUGUCUCCAGCCCCCAUCAGCUCCAGGCCAGCAUGUUCAGUGGCCAGAAAUGUUGUAUUGCAGCCACAUCUGGAAGGACACUGAUUCCCCAUCCCUUGUUUAAAAGUUUAUGUGCUCUGUGGGAUAUAGACGGAAACAAAUACCGUAUUUUUCGCUCUAUAAGACUCACUUUUUCCCUCCUAAAAAGUAAGGGGAAAUGUGUUUGUGUCUUAUGGAGCGAAUGCAGGCUGUGCAGCUAUCACAGAAGCCAGAACAGCAAGAGGGAUUGCUGCUUUCACUGUGCAGCGAUCCCUCUUGCUGUUCUGGCUUCUGAGAUUCAGAUUUUUUUUUCUUGUUUUCCUCCUCCAAAAACUAGGUGCGUCUUGUGGUCUGGUGCAUCUUAUAGAGCAAAAAAUACGGUACCUUUGCAACCUGGGACUGAUGGAGAUUUGGGGAAUUGCUGCUAUAGCAAAUCCCUGCACCAAAUCCUAAUAUUCUGUGUGCUUUGGUGGGUGAAAUGAAGCUGCCAGAGAAGCUGUUUCUUCCACCGGGUUCUGCUUGAGCAGAAGCAAGAUACCUUAUCAUUUUCUACUGGUGAUCUGGUGAAGAUAUAUAUAUAUUUCUGAGGACAUAUUUAACAGGGCAGCCUGCAUAUUUGCAUUGCUCUUUCUCUUGGGGUUAUGUGAAUGAGUAAUUAUGACCUGCUUUUUCAUUUCUUGUUUGGUAGGGCUUGUUCUCUCUUCCCUCCCUCAACCCCUUCUGUUUUAUUUUUUCGUUCAAAUCCAAGAGGAGGUUUUAGUUGGCUCAGGUAGCAUUCUUCCCCUCCUUCAAUUUGAAAAUCCUGAAUUGCUUUUUUGAACAACAUGUCUUGCUUCAGUCUCUUCUUAAGAGCCUAGACACAGUAAUAGCCUCUGCUACUUGUAGGAGGAAAAUACCAUUGGAUCUCUCCUUGAAGGGACUGCCUCAUGAGGCAGCUGUGCUUGGGGGCAAUUAUUUCUGAUGGUGGUGGCUUAGUAUUUUAGCAACUACUCAUUUAAAGCAGUGCUAUAAAAAGGGGUUGUUGUUUCUUUGCAGCAAACAAAAAAAAUCAAUAAAUUUCCUUAGGGUUUUUUGGCCAAGCGUCUGGGCCAAAAUAGCUGUACUCUAAAGAUAUUAAUGCAUAGCUGCCAACCGUCCCUUAUUUGGCGGGAAAGUCCCUUAUCCCAGCGCCGUUUCCUGCUGCUGUCCCUUAUUGAUGAUGUCCCUUAAAUUCCCCGGGUUUCAAAGGAAGCAGCUCCUCUCCCUCCCUCCCUGCUGGCCAGGGAGGAGGGAGGCUCCAGCUGUGUUGAUUGGCUGUGUUGCUCACCCAAUAAGAAGUCUAAGAAUGACUGGGGAUGGAGCUUGCAUGCCUUGUGCCGAUCAAAUUGGCCGUGUUGCCUGGGGAUUCGCCUUUGCUCAGCGUUUCCCAGCGGAGAG